GCGUUUAAAGAAAACCCUACUGGGUGGCUUAGCGCCCUCGAGAGAGGUGCCGCCCUACGACCUUUGACCCCGGCCCGGGUGUCCAGCUCCUCUUCUCGAAUCUCUCCCACAGCCCAAAAUGGCGGCAGAGGUGGAUUUUGGGGAUUUGGAGCUGUUCGAGGCGUUUGACCACCCAGAGGAGUCGCUCCCAAAGCCCGUUCACACGCGCUUCAAGGACGGCGACGGCGACGAGGAGGACGAGAACGGGGUUGGCGACGCGGGGCCGCGGGAGCGGCUCCGGCAGAGCGAGGAGACGAUCGAGCGGCUCCGCGCCGAGAAUCAAGAACUUAAAAGAAAAUUGAACAUUCUGACUCGACCAAGUGGAAUAUUGGUGAAAAACACUAAGUUAGAUGGACCCUUGUUACAGAUUCUAUUUAUGAACAAUGUUAUUUCAAAGCAAUAUCAUCAAGAAAUAGAGGAAUUUGUAUCAAAUUUAGUAAAAAGAUUUGAGGAACAGCAGAAAAAUGAUGUGGAAAAGACUUCCUUUAAUCUUUUGCCCCAGCCAUCCAGUGUUAUGCUAGAAGAGGACCAUAAAGUAGAAGAAUCCUGUGCCAUUGAAAACAACAAGGAAGCUUUUAGUGUUGUAGGAAGUGUCCUGUAUUUUACUAAUUUUUGCCUUGAUAAAUUGGGGCAACCGCUACUAAAUGAAAACCCUCAGCUUACCGAAGGAUGGGAAAUACCCAAGUACCAGCAAGUCUUCAGCCACAUUGUUUCUCUAGAAGGGCAAGAAAUACAAGUAAAGGCCAAAAGGCCAAGGCCUCACUGUUUCAAUUGUGGUUCCGAAGAACAUCAAAUGAAAGAUUGCUCAAUGCCUCGGAAUGCUGCUCGAAUAAGCGAAAAGAGAAAAGAGUACUUGGAUGCCUGUGGUGAAGCAAACAAUCAGAACUUUCAGCAGCGGUACCAUGCAGACGAAGUCGAAGAAAGGUUUGGAAGAUUCAAGCCAGGCGUUAUUAGUGAGGAACUUCAGGAUGCACUUGGUGUGACAGAUAAGAGCCUGCCACCUUUUAUAUAUCGAAUGCGCCAGCUAGGAUACCCACCAGGAUGGCUCAAAGAGGCUGAACUGGAGAAUUCAGGGCUUGCGCUCUAUGAUGGAAAAGAUGCUGCUGAUGGGGAAACAGAAUCUGGAGAAAUACAACACAAUCAAAAUGUCACUUACGAUCUCUCGAAAUUGGUAAACUAUCCAGGUUUUAAUAUAUCUACUCCCAAAGGAAUUCCAGAUGAAUGGAGGAUGUUUGGUUCUAUACCAAUGCAGGCCUGUCAGCAGAAGGACGUGUUUGCCAGUUACCUUACUUCAAACUUCCAAGCGCCGAGUGUGAGGUCUGGCUCCAAGAGGUCUUCGUCUCGGUCCAGCCCUUGUAGUCCAAAGAAGCAGAAGGGGAACAGCUCGGGUUCCCCCGCGGACAUGGAGCUUGACUCGGAUGCAGAGGCCCUGCAUGUAUCUCCGAGUGGGAAUGCUACUCGGUUUCAGCCACCAUUGCCCCCUAACACUCCUCCACUACCACGGGGAACUUCGCCCACCUUCAUUCCUCCGCUCCCCAAGGGCACCCCACCACUGACUCCCAGUGACUCACCACAGACCAGGACAGCACCUGCGCCUACGGAGGAGGACACGCUGACUCUGGAAGAGCUCGAAGAGCAGCAGAGGCGGAUAUGGGCAGCCCUGGAGCAGGCUGAGAGCGUCAACAGCGAUUCUGACAUUCCUGUUGACACCCCUUUAACUGGAAAUUCGGUUGCCUCUUCCCCUUGUCCAAACGAGCUAGAGCAGCCUGUCCCAGAGGGAAAACCAUCUGAAAAGCAGGUGCCAGAUGAGCCUGAGGCCGAGGAACAGGACACUUGUGCAGAGAAAUCAGAAGUUGAACAUCCAGAGAGUCCAGAGUCCGACGCGACAUUGCUUUGUCGGCAGGACAAGGAGGAGUCUGCCGAGGGAGGCUCUGAAGGUGCGCCUCUCGAGGACGGCAGUGUGGUCUCGAACUGUGACAUCAGGAACGGAGGCAGCCAGAAGCUCCUGCCCCUGGACCCCAGUCCUUCCACAGCCACUAAAACUCACAGUCCUAUCCCUGAUAUGAGCAAGUUCGCAACUGGAAUAAUGCCAUUCGAAUUUGAGAAUAUGGCAGAAUCGACUGGAAUGUACCUCAGGAUAAGAAACUUGUUAAAGAACUCACCCCGAAACCAGCAGAAAAACAAGAAGACUUCGGAGUAACUGCUUGACACAGCACCAAGACCUAGUUCAUGAUCUACACCUUUGUGUCCUGGUCACUAGUACUAAGUGGGCAGAUGAACCGUCUUCCUGUUUGUCCCUCCCAUGUUUAAAAAUCUGUCCGAGGCUUAUUUGUGGCUUAAAGUCAGGCCUGUUUUAAUGAAUGGAAAGAUCGGGCUCGCUGGUUUACCGUAUUUUAUUCUCACUACUAAGAACGUGGGGGAAUGUGAGUAUAGAGUUUAGAGGUAGUUUGCUUAUACUAUUUUUGGGUUGUGAGUGUCCGUGCAGAGUGAUGGUUUUUAUCGUCUUUUGUACAUUGUUUUCCCUUUCUACAUUUUUCUAAUUAUCUUGUAUAUAAGUUUAAUAGAUCACUUUUUUAAAGAAAAAAUUCUAACCAUUUUAAAUUCACAUUUCAACUUCGACAACCAAAUGAGAAAAAUCAGGGAUGAGCAGCUUUAUCCCACUUGGGGUAUUUUUGUAAGUGAUUUACAUACAUCAAUUUUAAUGACCCUUUUAUUUUUUUAUAACUUCAUUCUUCAUAUAAGCUUGCGACACAGGUAUGAUCGAUCGUCUUUGUGUACAAAGGUUUAAUAAAUUAGUUUUCAAAUACAUAA